CUAGGACCCGAGGAGGGAGAGCUGCAGGGAGACGGAGCCUCCAGCGGGUGCUGCCGCGAGCGGCCGGCGGAGGGGCUGGAAAUGAAAGUAAAGCGCUCCGGAGCCACAUGGACCGAGCUGCCCGGGCGGCGGCGCCGGGAGCAGGAUGCGGCCGCCCGUAAUUAAAUAGCAUUUACUCUUAUUAUUACUAAUAAUAAUAACGUAAUCAUACCUCUAGUCAUAGCAUACCAUUUAUCGGGCUCGGCGCAGGCCCGCGGGGAGCGCAGCCCGGCCGAGACACUGAUGGAGAGGCAGAAACGGAAGGCGGACAUCGAGAAGGGGCUGCAGUUCAUUCAGUCGACACUACCCCUAAAGCAAGAGGAGUAUGAGGCUUUCCUGCUCAAGCUUGUGCAGAACCUGUUUGCCGAGGGCAACGACCUCUUCCGGGAGAAGGACUACAAGCAGGCUCUGGUGCAGUACAUGGAAGGGCUGAACGUGGCUGACUACGCCGCCUCGGACCAGGUGGCUCUACCCCGGGAGCUGCUGUGCAAGCUGUAUGUCAACAGGGCUGCCUGCUACUUCACCAUGGGCCUGUAUGAGAAGGCACUGGAGGACAGCGAGAAGGCCUUGGGCCUGGAUGGCGAGAGUAUCCGGGCACUGUUCCGCAAGGCGCGCGCCCUCAACGAGCUGGGGCGCCACAAGGAGGCCUAUGAAUGCAGCAGCCGGUGCUCCCUGGCUCUCCCCCAUGAUGAAAACGUCACUCAGCUGGGUCAGGAGCUGGCUCAGAAGCUCGGGCUGCGGGUGCGGAAGGCGUAUAAGAGACCCCAGGAAUUGGAAACGUUUUCUCUGCUUAGUAAUGGCGCCCCGGCUGGCUUAACAGAUCAGGGAACUUCUAACGGAUUGGGAUCGAUAGAUGACAUAGAAACAGACUGCUACGUGGAUCUCCGAGGCUCCCCAGCCCUGCUCCCCUCCACUCCCACAAUGCCCCUGUUCCCUCAUGUUCUGGACCUACUGGCCCCCCUGGAUGGCAGCAGCAGGCCACUCCCCAGCACUGAGGGCCUAGAUGACUUCUCAGAUGGGGACGUGUUUGGUCCAGAACUGGACACCCUCCUGGACUCUCUGUCUCUGGUCCAGGGUGGCCUGCCUGGCAGUGGUAUGCCUAGUGAGCUGCCUCAGCUGAUCCCCGUGUUUCCUGGUGGGACCCCACUCUUGCCACCUGUGGUGGGUGGCUCCAUCCCCGUGUCCAGCCCUCUGCCUCCUGCCUCCUUUGGCCUUGUCAUGGACCCCUCCAGGAAGCUGGCUGCUUCUGUGCUGGAUGCCCUGGACUCUCCAGGGCCCACGCUGGACCCCCUGGAUCUGUUACCGUACUCGGAGGCUCGGCUGGAUGCCCUUGACAGCUUUGGGUCAGCCCGAGGCUCCCUGGACAAGCCGGACUCCUUCCUAGAAGAGGCCAGCUCACAGGACCACCGACCCCCAAGCAGUACUCAGAAGCCAGCCCCCUCGCCAGAGCCCUCCAUGCCCAACACCGCCCUGCUCAUCAAGAACCCUUUGGCUGCCACCCAUGAAUUCAAGCAAGCCUGCCAGCUGUGCUACCCAAAAACAGGCCCCAGGGCUGGUGACUAUACCUACCGCGAGGGCCUCGAGCACAAGUGCAGGAAGGACGUCCUCCUCGGCCGGCUCCGGAGCUCGGAGAACCAGAUCUGGAAGCGCAUCCGGCCCCGGCCCACCAAGACCAGUUUUGUGGGCUCCUACUACCUGUGCAAAGACAUGAUUAACAAGCAAGACUGUAAGUACGGGGACAACUGCACCUUCGCCUAUCAUCAGGAGGAGAUCGAUGUGUGGACAGAGGAGCGGAAGGGCACCCUCAACCGGGACCUGCUCUUUGACCCUCUAGGGGGUGUCAAGCGUGGCAGCCUCACCAUUGCCAAGCUCCUCAAGGAGCACCAGGGCAUCUUCACCUUCCUCUGUGAGAUCUGCUUCGACAGUAAGCCCCGGAUCAUCAGCAAAGGCACCAAGGACUCUCCGUCUGUCUGUUCCAACCUGGCUGCCAAGCACAGCUUUUACAACAACAAGUGCCUGGUGCACAUCAUCCGCUCCACCUCUCUCAAGUACUCCAAGAUCCGGCAGUUCCAGGAGCACUUCCAGUUUGACGUGUGCCGCCACGAGGUGCGCUAUGGUUGCCUGCGCGAGGACAGCUGCCACUUCGCCCAUAGUUUCAUUGAGCUCAAGGUCUGGUUGCUGCAGCAGUACUCAGGAAUGACCCACGAAGACAUCGUUCAGGAAUCCAAGAAAUACUGGCAGCAGAUGGAAGCCCAUGCAGGGAAGGCCAGCAGUGGCUUGGGUACCCCAAGGACACAUGGACCCAGCUCCUUUGACUUGCAGAUGAAGUUUGUGUGUGGUCAGUGUUGGAGGAAUGGGCAGGUGGUGGAGCCGGAUAAGGACCUCAAGUACUGCAGCGCCAAGGCCCGGCAUUGCUGGACCAAGGAGAGGCGGGUCCUUCUGGUGAUGUCCAAGGCCAAGAGGAAAUGGGUGUCUGUGAGGCCACUGCCAUCCAUUCGAAACUUCCCACAGCAAUACGAUCUCUGCAUCCAUGCCCAGAACGGCCGCAAAUGCCAGUACGUGGGGAACUGCUCCUUUGCACACAGCCCUGAGGAGAGAGACAUGUGGACCUUCAUGAAGGAGAACAAGAUCCUGGAUAUGCAACAGACCUAUGACAUGUGGCUGAAAAAACACAACCCAGGGAAGCCAGGAGAAGGGACCCCCAUCAGCUCCCGCGAAGGAGAGAAGCAGAUCCAGAUGCCCACGGACUAUGCUGACAUCAUGAUGGGCUACCACUGCUGGCUCUGCGGCAAGAACAGCAACAGCAAGAAGCAGUGGCAGCAGCACAUCCAGUCUGAGAAGCACAAGGAGAAGGUCUUCACUUCCGACAGCGACGCCAGUGGCUGGGCCUACCGCUUCCCCAUGGGCGAGUUCCGACUCUGUGACAGGCUCCAGAAGGGCAAGGUCUGCCCAGACGGAGACAAGUGCCGCUGUGCCCAUGGACAAGAGGAGCUCAACGAGUGGCUGGACCGGCGUGAGGUGCUGAAGCAAAAGCUUGCCAAGGCCCGCAAGGACAUGCUUCUGUGUCCACGGGAUGAUGACUUCGGCAAAUACAACUUCCUGCUGCAAGAGGAUGGGGACACCACUGGUGCCACCCCAGAAGCCCCCGUUGCUGCAACUGCUACUGCUGCCACCACCACCACUGGGGAGUAGGGCCAGGUCUCAGCUAUGGCAAAGUCCUGGGGUCGGGGGUGGGUUGGGGGCAGGGGACCACCCCAUCAGGCAGCCCCUAGUCCGCUGGGUCCCUGCCAUCCUUUCCACCCCCAAUACCCCAGGUGUGUAUACCCAGGUCAUAUACUGCAACCCCAAGUGGUCCCAGGAUCUUUGUCCUGUCAAAAUGGGGGCGGACCCUCCCCAAUUCUAGUUCUCGUGGUUGGAGAGGGAGGGGCCUGGCCAGCUUCAGCCUACAGCUUUAAAUCGUGUCUGCUCCUAAAUGGGUCCAAAGCUCAGGGCCGGGGAGCCUGGGGUCCCCACUUGAAUAUAUGCAGCAGGAGGGUCCUUGUCCUUCUCUACCUUCCUCUUCUCCCUUCCCUGGGGUCGGAUCAGGAUGCAGCAAAGGGCAGGAGGCUCUGACUAGCCUAAAGUACAGUCGUGAGAUGGAGUUGGGAACACUGUACUGGUCACUUACCACCUGGGGUUUCCUGAUCUGCAGAAAGGGGAAAGGGCUAAGGCAGAUGAUAUCUGAGGCCUGGCUAAGCAGUCUAGGUGCUCCUAGCAACCAUCCCUCUGCCCAGCCCUCUCCUUUGUGAGCCGCAAUUGUAGACCAUACCUCAGCCUUGGAGUCAACACAGCCCACACCCAUUUUACAGAAACAAAAACUGAGGUCUAGGAGGAGGAAUGGUUUGCCCAGGGUCUUUAGCCCUCUCUGGUGCAGAACUGGGAUAUAAACAUUGGUCAAAAGACCCCACCCAUUCGCAGCUGGAGCCGCUGGGCUCCCCAGUCCCAUGCAACAUCCCUGGGACCUUGGGAAGGCUGCUGAGACAAGAGCUGGUCUUCUUAGCUCCAUGUUAGGGGUUUUGGGGUAAGUGAUGGAGAUUAUAUCCCCAAGAGCUUUCACAGACAAGUGACAGAAUACAGGGCACCAUGAGCUAGCUCAGGUUCUGGCAAGGUACAAAGCAUGGCGAGGCUCUGAGGAAUAUGAAGAGUGAGGGGGCAACCUAGGCUCUCUGGGCCACUGUGGGAUAUAGCCUCUCUUUCCUGGGGACCCUCUGUAGUCCUCUCCAAAAGACCCAGAUAUACUGUUAUGACCAUCCAUCCCAGUCCCACCCUAUGCUCAACCCUGCUGGCCACCUAGGACCCCAGAUGACCCCCAGCCCAUGUCCCCACUUCCCAAGGCCUCUUUUAUUGUCUGAGGUAUGUGUACACCUUUUCAUCCCGCCCCCCACAAUAGACACAGCCUCCCCCAGCUCUCCAAGACAUUCCAGAAUGCUCCACCCCAUUGGCACAAGAAGGGGGAACACCCCCUCCCCAGAAGGAACCAGAAACUAAGGCUAUCAAGGAGUGAGAUAGAAUGAACAGACACUCCUAUUUUUCCUCCAGCCGGGGUUGCUAGUGCUAGAGGGCACAGUGAUAGGCACCUGGGUGUAAAGGACCCAUUCCUCAUCCUGCCACUGCCCAACCUUCUCCCGAUGACCGUGGCAUGUAUCUUUUCCUCUCCCCUGACCCCCUUCCCUGACCCCAGCUGGCUAGCACAGCAGAGUUUGGGUGCUGGCAGUGUGGCUGGAGGGGAGGCGAGACCACAUCUAAGGUGGGGGCCAUGGCCGUGAAUGUGGAUGACACUUGUUCUCCUGACCUGUGGUGUUGCAGUCUGUUGUCACCAGCCUUGUUUUAGUGUGUAUAUAUGUCGCCCCUGUGAUGCAUAUAUACACAGGUAUUAAAUAUAUCACUCUAUAUAAUAUUAUAUAUGUGUGUGGUAUCCAAGGAAUCUCUUCUAUUGAGGGCUAAAGAUAAAGAAUUUGGCACACAAAAAAAAUGCAGACAUCCUUGUGAAUUUUGAGUGCUUGUGGGGUCAUCUGGUUAUUUAGGGAACUGAGACAGGAGCCAUGGCUCAGAGAUGAUUUGGGCAGGAAGGGCAGGGUGGCCCACACCGGGGCCCUGCUCGGACUGCUAGUUUCCCACAGACCCAUGUCUAAAGAAGAAUACCAGUGUGCUCAGGAAAAGGAAGUAAUCAGUGUUUGUUUCCCAACAGAGGGGGAUGAAUCCAGAGUUUUCCUACUGUUCAUCUGUCCAGGGGUCCCUAAGAUCUGGGCUUCCUUAUAUUCUAGACCUGUGUCCCCAACACGGAAGAGAAGAGAAAGACGAUGGGAUAACCUGGGGUGGGGAACAACAAAACAUCUUAAAUGAUGACUGUAGUUAAUCAGAUGUGGCUCCUCUAGGGCCUCUGGUUGGAAGGCUCAGGGUUGAAGCAGGCCUAGGAGCAAGAGCAAGAUUACACAGUAGAUAUGGAGUGGGGGCAGCGGCAGGGGAUGCUGCAUUUCUCAGCUGGGCAGUAAUCAAUCUAAUAAUGGUCCUUUAAAAAUGUCUGUAUUAAAAUAUAAGAAUACCACACUUUAAUAUUAAAUAUCAUAAGGUCUAGUAUCUUGAUAAUAAUGUAGAUGUUUUAAUAACAAUUUUUGUCCUUCUUAAAAUAAAAUGAGAGAGAAAUUUG